CCCUCCUGCGCAUGUCGGAUUCACGCUUGACGCUAGUAUUGAAUGCAUCUGCUGGUGUAGCGAUACUGGCACUCUUCGUGACGUCUACUGUGUAGUCAGCUGCAACCUCUCCUAGUGUUAUGUAAAUUUGUGUGUGACAUUCUCCAGGUAAUUUAUAAGCGUUUAUAAACAGCAAGCAGGAAUAAGUGAAGAAAUGUGUUUCGGAAGUAAAUUAACAUGACUGUAGAACUGAAGCCAUGGACCAGGAGCCAACUAUGUGGAUAAAAAAAGAGGGAACAGAUGAAGUACAAACUGAGUUAUGCUUCAUGGGCCAAGAUUAUCCAUGCAGCAUGAAUGUAAAAGAAGAGUUGGAAGAGGGUGUGAAUAAAGAGUUUCUUGAAGACCCAUUAAGGGCUGAUGACCAUAGUGUUUGGGUAAAGCAAGAUCCCGAACUGAAACACCAUGCUGCCGGAUCUGAGCAUAAUUCUGUUGAAGAUCCAUUGGGAAUAUCUUGGCCCAAUGAUUUUAUCAAGGAGGAUCCUGAAUUAAAUAUAACUGAGAAUACUUCUGUUAAAAAUCCAUUGGGAAUAUCUUGGUCCACUGAUUUUAUCAAGGAGGAUCCUGAAUUUAAUUUGGAAAUGAAUAUAACUGAGAAUAUUGUGGAAACCUCAACAAGAUAUGCAUCUGAUAGUGCAAGAUUGACAGAGAGUACUGGUGGGAGCUGCUGCAUACCAUCUGAAGAAACUUGUCACCAUAGACUGGUCCAGGAUGAGUUGGUGAUAGAUAUGGAGAAGUCAGCACGUGGGUUCGGUACCAAUACAGAAGAUGUGACUACUGAUAAGGAAUGCUCAUUUGCCACCCGACAUGACUGUAGUACAAGGGAAAAGGAAUUAUAUGUAUACAGCUGUAAUUUCUGCCAACAGAGCUUUCCUUCAAAAUACAGACUCAUAAUGCAUGUGUUUAUGCACAUUGAUGGAACGCAACCACCUUCGUAUGUUUGUAAGUGGUGUGGUGAGGUAUUUCACAGUAAUGUUAGUUUGAAAAAACAUUUGAGAAUGAGCGAUAAUUUUCAUGUCUUAACUGCUGACAACCAUGAAAAAUAUGGCUAUAGUGAUGAGCAUCAAAGCAGUACCUUGUUGGAUAGCGAGCCAGACGUUUCUGUCACAGAACACAGUGAGCAAUCUUCAUGUAAGGAAACUUGGAAAGCUUCAAAAGAGUCCUCUAAUGACAAGUGUAACACACAUAUGACAGAUGAUAGAGAGAAAACAAGUAAUUAUGGAACUUUAUCUACAGCUAUUAAUGUCAGUGCCCAGGCUGAUCUACUUACUGCAAACAGAACCGACAGAGGUGGUACUUGGGGCAAAUUGUUUUCUAGGUCAGGUGAUCUGAAGGCACACGAAUUAAUUCACACUGGAAAGAAACCUCACAAAUGUGAGAUUUGUGGGAAAUGUUUUGCUUUGCCACGCAGUCUCAAGAUACACACAUUCAUUCACACUGGGAUCAAACCUCAUAAAUGUGAGGUUUGUGGGAAAGCUUUUACUAUGUCACGCGAUCUCAAGAAACAUUUAUUAAUUCACACUGGAAAGAAACCUCACAAAUGUGAGAUUUGUGGGAAAUCUUUUACUGUGUUAGGCGCUCUCAAGAAACAUGGAUUAAUUCACACUGGAAAGAAACCUCACAAAUGUGAGAUUUGUGGGAAAUCUUUUGUAAGGGCAGACAAUCUCAAGAGACACACAUUAAUUCACACUGGACAGAAACCUUACAAAUGUGAGAUUUGUGGGAAAUCUUUUGCUAGGUCAGGCGAUCUCAAGAAACAUGUAUUAAUUCACACUGGAAAGAAGCCGCACAAAUGUGAGAUCUGUGGGAAAUCUUUUACUUUGUCAAACAAUCUGAAGACACACAAAUUAAUUCACACUGGAAAGAAACCUCACAAAUGUGAGAUCUGUGGGAAAUCUUUUGCUUUGUCAAGCAGUCUCAAGAUACAUGCAUUAAUUCACUCUGGAAUUAAACCUUACAUGUGUGAGAUCUGUGGGAGAUCUUGUACUAUGUUAAGCGAUCUGAAGAAACAUAUAAUAAUUCACACUGGAAAGAAACCUCACAGAUGUGAGAUAUGUGGUAAAUCCUUUGCUAGGUCACGCAAUCUCAAGAAACAUGUAUUAAUUCACACUGGAAAUAAACCUCACAAAUGUGAGAUCUGUGCGAAAUCCUUUGCUACAUCAGGUGAUCUCAAGACACAUGCAUUAGAACACACUGGAAGUCUACCUCACAAAUGUGGUAUCUGUGACAAAAGUUUCACUCACUUGAGUACUCUCAAGACACAUGCAUUACUUCACAUAAGAAAGAAACUACAAGCAUCUGUUAGUUUACGCAAAUAGGUUUUUUCUGGUUGGUGGCCUCAAGGCCUGUAAAAUAAUGGAUGUAGCAGGGGGACAAUAAAUUGUAAUUCCAGUGAAAUAACAUUAAAAUGUGGUAGAAUUGUGAAAAAAGUGCAACGAUGGGUGCUGUAGGGCGCUAACAGAUAACAUGACAUAAAAAUCGAUAUAUGUAGCUUGAGAUGUCAAGAAAUGGUAUUACUAACAUGAAUCAAAUGUGUUUUGGUCAUUAACACUGUUACUUUUUCCUGUCGAUCUUGAGACAAGAAGAUUGUGACUUGUGAUAAAUCCUUACAUUUGUCAGUAAUCAUAAGUACCAUGCAAUAUUCAGUAUAAGGCCAAGGAAAUGUGAUGACUCGCUGCAUAUUCUUCCAAACAUAAUCAUCAUGUACUACUCGUAACUGUGUAUUUUAGAGACAGUGACAGUAAAAAUAUAUUCAUGACACUUCCUUCAUUCAGGCUAGUACACUCAACACUGGAGAAACAUGAUUAUGACAAUUAUUUUACUCAGAUAUGUUUUCUCAAG